AUGGCGAACACACUCUUCCCAGCCGCCCUCGUGCGCAUGCGAAACCUCCCGACCAGCACCAUCGAGAUUGCGGAGGAGCCCGCACUGCCUGAGGUCAUGCUCAGCGAGAUGUUGCGAAAAGUCUUCGGGUGGGAAGAAGACAUCCGGAGUCUGUUGAGGACAGAGUGGCACUCGCAUCGGCCGGGAUCGAUGGAGAGGACGAUCUUACAAUGUUGGCUUGGAGAGAAUUUGGUUGAUCAUUCAGGCCAGAACGAGUCGGCAGGGAGGAGUCUUGAUGUAGACUGCAUGAUGUUGGCGUUGAGAACUUCAGGAAGGGAAGAUUUGGUGGCGAAAAUGAGCCUCGCCCAGAGACUGAAGGACGAGGGCGAUGUGCAUCUUGCAGCGGCGUUACACGUCAGUAUGGGACAGACCGAUGCUGCAACUGGGAUGUACAUUUCGAGCGGACUGUGGAUGGAGGCGAUCCUGCUCGCUGCAUUACACUGGCCACAGGAAUGGCAGAGGAUUGCCGGUUUCCUACGUGGAUGGACAGCAUCGAUGCUUGCAGAAUGUGAUGAGCUCCGCGGUCGUGCGGCGCGCUGUAUCUCCUCUUCGGAGAUUAAGCCGAAACAGCAUUGGGCUCCUCUCCUCUAA